CAAUGUAAAGGAAGUGGUGCGCUCGAGAAAACGAAAGUAAAAACAGAAGAAAGUUAAGAAAACAACACGUACGUUUUAAACUCAGCAGAACAGGAUUGUUUCCGAGUAAAUCAGCAGAAUGACCACCAUCUGCAAAGUGCUGAAAGAUAUCCUGGAUGAGCUGACAGGAAAGGAUUUUAAAAGGUUUAAGUGGUACAUGACGGACGGCAAACUAAACGAUAUCACAUCCAUAGCGAGAAGUAAGCUGGAGAACACGAGCGUUGAGGACACUGUGGACCUAAUGAUUGACCAGUACAAACAAGAUGCUGGAGAGGUCGCUGAGAAGAUCCUUAAAAAUAUGGAACAGAAUAAUCUUGCCGAGCAGCUGAAGAACAAGCUUUCAGAAGUGCAACGGCAGGCAGCUGAAGGCAGCACCGUGCCUCCGGGUCCCGGAGCUCCUGCAGGUCCUGGGGUCCAGCAGACCAUCACAGCUUCAGAGAGCAGCAAGGUUCACGCCCCUGUGAUGUCCGGUGGCCAGUAUAAUGCCCCAGUGACUUUUAACUUUAACUGA